GCUGUAUCAAUGGAGCCUCUCUCAGUGUCAACCAACAGCUUCACUCUGGACCUUUACAAAAAGCUGAAUGAAACUUCCAAAGGCCAAAACAUUUUCUUUUCUCCUUGGAGUAUUGCAACUGCUCUCGCCAUGGUCUACCUGGGUGCAAAAGGUGACACUGCAACUCAGAUGGCUGAGGUUCUUCAUUUUAACCAGACUGCAGGACAAGAAGGUUCGUCUGAGACAACAAGGCCUUCUCUGGGGAAACCGAAGAAAAGAAAGAUGCAUCCUGAGCACAAGCAAGCUGAAAACAUCCACUCUGGCUUCAGAGAGCUCCUGUCUGCCAUCAACAAACCCAGAAGCACCUACUUGCUGAAGAGUGCCAACCGACUGUAUGAGGAAAAGACCUACCCGUUACUGCCUAAAUUCUUACAGCUCAUUACAAGCUACUACAAUGCAAAACCACAAGCUGUAAACUUUAAGACAGCUGCAGAACAAGCCAGAGCACUGAUCAAUUCAUGGGUUGAAAAUGAAACUGAGAGGAAAAUCCAGGAUCUGCUGCCUGCAGGAUCUCUCAAUUCUCGCACUGUAUUGGUCUUAGUAAACGCUAUUUAUUUCAAAGGAAACUGGGAAAAGAAAUUUCUGGAGAAAAAUACUUCUGAGACGCCCUUCAGACUGAGCAAGACCAAGACUAAACCAGUACAGAUGAUGUUUCUGAGAGAUACGUUUUUGAUACUCCAUGAAUCAACCAUGAAAUUCAAAAUCAUUGAGCUGCCAUAUGUGGAAAAUGAACUCAGCAUGUUCGUUCUCCUACCAGAUGACAUCAAUGAUAACACUACUGGUCUGGAGCUGGUGGAAAGAGAGCUGACCUAUGAGAAAUUGGCUGAAUGGACCAAAUCAGCCAAUAUGAUGAAAGCUGAAGUGGAUCUGUACCUGCCCAAGUUGAAGCUGGAAGAGAAUUACGACCUUAAAUCCACUUUGAGCAGCAUGGGGAUACGAAAUGCUUUUGACCCAGUUCAAGCUGAUUUCACAGGGAUGUCAGUGAAUAAGGAUAUUUUCAUCUCAAAAAUUAUUCACAAAGCUUUUGUGGAGGUCAGUGAAGAAGGUACUGAGGCAGCAGCUGCCACAGGUGUCGUGGUGCUGAGAUCAAAAGCACCAACAAUGACUUUUAAAGCUGACCACCCUUUUCUCUUCGUCAUCAGACACAACAAAUCACAAACCAUCCUCUUCUUUGGCAGACUCUGCUCACCCUAG